AUGGCUACUUGUCUAGACAUUGCCCUUGCUGUUCAUAUUGUCAGUCAGUUUAUGGCUGCUCCUCGUUCUCCACACUAUGAUGCACUGGUUCGCAUUUUGCACUAUCUCAAAGGCACUUUGUUUCAUGAUCUUCACUACUCAGCACACUCUUCUCUACAACUACACGCCUUUUCUUAUGCAGAUUGGACAGGGGAUCCUAUUGACCGCCGUUCUACUACAAGCAAGAAGCAAACUUUUAUUGCUCGUUCUAGUACUGAGGUUGAGUAUCGUGCUCUUGCUGACACUACUCAAGAGCUUGUGUGGCUUCGUUAG